GCCCGCUUCCCGUUCCCGGAGCCCGGCGCUGCUCACCGGCGUUGGACGCGUACUCCCCGAUGAAGCGCCGGGUCAGGAACCGCACCGCCAGCGCUGCGGGAAGGAAAGAAGCAAGCAGCAGGGUAUUGUAGAGGAAGGAUAUGAAAAAGGAACUCAUCUCUCAGUCUUGGAACAGGCUUGGGCACAGCUGUGUUGGGGAUGUACUUCUGAUCCACACUGGCCUCAGCAGUAUCUUCCGCCUACCUCCUCCCACGAAGAUUUUGAUUGCCUCAAAACUGCAGAUCAUAUCAUGUAUGUCUUCAGCAGUACAUUCUGUCUGGGUUGAUGAGCACUUCAGCCGAUCAAUGCUGUUAUUUUCCCUGUAAGGAAACUGGAGACCCAAUCGCAAAGGACAUAGAGAAAACUGAGGUACCCAAUGACUUCUUUGUUACAGUCUUCACUGGCAAGGGCUCUAGCUGCACCGCCCAAACUGCAGAAAACAAAGGAUCAAAGCACAGAAGAUGUUCACGUGAAAGGAGAGAUUGAAAUCCAUAGUCUACAUUUAGUCAUCGUUAGCUUUGCAUUCCAUGUGUGCAGACUGGGGAGUGAGGUAUGGGUUCCUGCCAGUUGGUGGAGCAGCAAGAGUGUCUAACAGAACAGAAGGCAGCAUCCCAUGGGGUUCUGAACAUAGAAUGAAUGAACUGAAUAUAGCUCCGGUUCUGAACAUCACUCUUUUGACCUUGAAAAUAUUGUAAGACUUCCUUGAGGAUUAACAAGACUGAAGAGGAAAAUCAGAAAUGGCAUACUUUGAAAAGGUGCCUUUGUCAGGCAAUGAAUUUCAUGAAGGACAUGCUGGAGACCAAGCAUCUUACCUGGCAUACCAUUCUGGUUCUUAUGGAAAGGUCUAUCUAGGCUUUGAUCAGAUAGUUGAUGAAGUCAACAAUGAAUUUUUCUUUUAUGGUUCAUCACACUUACAUCAUCCUGAAGAACAUUUUUUCUCAUCAGAUAUCUUUAGUCUAAAUGUGCCAGAACAGCAGCUUUGCAGUCAGCCUUCAGUUGCUUGUGGUGAACUUCACUCUGAAAAUUUUGUACCUCACUGGCAACAAGGCACAGUGUCACCAUACAUAGGUUUCAAGUCGUCCUUACUGUCUGAUGAUGGAAACUUCUCUCUGGUGGAUUCUUACCCAUAUAAUCAAGAGAGAGAAAUCUACAGAUGGAAUAGUUCAACUCCAGUCCCAAAUGUGCUUAAUUCAAAUGUGGAGAGAGGCUAUGCCUAUUGGAAUUUUCAGAUAGGUUUUGAUAAUGUAGAUGCUCAAUGUCCUGUUUUCUUGGACAAAUAUCCAUUUGGACAAAGGAGAGAUGAAAGUGGAAAUGGAGAAGCCUGUUUAACCAAUACUUCCAGAAGAUUCAGCAUAGGAUCUACCUGGCCAAAAAGCCCUGGACAUGACAGAGAGGUUACAGGUUGGUCUAUCCAGCUGAUUAAGGCAAAUCAAGGGAGUAACGAAAAUGCAGUUUCUUUUUGCAAUACAGUGGAGAAGAUAAGAAACACCUACCCUGCUUGUGAUUUGAAGACAAACACUGGGAAGAUCUGGAGUGUUGCAACAAAGUUCCCAGACCACAUUCUGGGUAAAAUAAGACUCAGAAUCAGCAUCUGGACAGAUUCUUCACCAUCUCCUCUGCUUCUUACACAACAUGCUGGAUGUAUCACUCACGACUUAAUUGUGGAGAUCCUCCGUUGCACAAAUCAAUACCCGGUCCAUGAAGAAUGUCUUCUAAGUGUUUGUGGCUCUGAUGAAUUCUUACAAAACAAUCAUAGUUUGGGCAACCACGAGAGUCUUCGCAAGGCAACCACUGACAUUCAUCUUCAUCUACACAGCACUACAAAUUUGAAGCAAAGUUUGGCUCGAGUGCACGAGGAUGACCAAGGACGGUUCAGUGUGAAUGAGCUGUUAGAAUAUACUUGUGCUUGGAGACUGACUCGACAGAACCUUUUCGCAGCUCUUAGGAAAUACAGAGGUCAAGUGGAGCACCUUUUGCAAAAUGAGCCAUACAAAGUUGAUUAUGUGAUUGAAGUAGCUAAAGCAAUCUGCAGUGUCCUCUGCUUCGUGGAGACCAGAGAAAUUACCAGUGCAGUCAAGAAACUACAUGCAGUGCCGUUGGUGAAAACACAGGAUUCACUUCAACAUGUGGAAGCACAAGCAUUAACGGAAGCUGCUGUGACAGAGCUCUCCAUGGCCAUCUCUCAUCUCAUCCAUGUGUACAGCAGCAGCUUUGAUACAGAUUUCCAGGUUGCCAACAUACCUAGAAGCCCUUCUCGUGCAGACAUCAGCCUUGAUUCCCAGCUCAGCUUCACUGUCUAUGCUGCUCAUAACAUUCCUGAAUCCUGGGUGAACAGAUACAAACUUUUUUCUUUUUCCUGUUUGCUAACCUAUGCUGGGAAGACAAUAUGUCAAGUGAAGAUUUGCAAAAAUAUACCUGUUAGAAAAUCCUUCUUUUUCUUGACAGACUGGAAUGAGAAAAUCAACUUUCCUCUACGGAUAAAGGCUCUUCCAAGGGAAACAAUGCUGACAAUAAAACUACUUGGACUAAACAGUGCUUCUAAAACUACAGAGAUGCUUGCCUGGACAUGUUGCCCAUUGUAUCAAAAAGAGCAGCUCAUUCAUGGAACUGUGCUGCUUAGCAUGAAAUUGUACAGCAUGCUUCCAGCAGCAAUGAUUACCCCAGCCAUGUGUAGUACUGAUGCACCGACAUCAGUAACAUUGCAGAUUGAAUUUCCUGAAACUGAUUUGGAGUUCAUUAACCCUGAACCUGAAGAGAGAAGAGAUGAUCUUGCGGAGCCAACUGAAGAGUGCAUGAAGCAUAUUGCAAGACUUUCACAGGCACAUUCGCUCUUGCUACUCUCGGAGCAACAGAAAAGAAUCUUAUGGUUUUAUCGUUACUAUUGCAAUAAUCAAAAUUGCUCCCUUCCUCUGGUACUGGGCAGUGCACCCAGUUGGGAUCGAACAACUGUGUCAGAAAUGUAUUCUGUCAUGAGGAAAUGGAGAUUUUCUAACCCUGUGGAGGCGCUUGGGCUUCUAGCUUUCAGUUUUCCAGAUAAAGAUAUUCGCAGAACAGCAGUCCAGCAAAUAGAAAAUCUGUCAAAUGAUGAGCUGUUAGAAUACCUCCCACAGCUGGUUCAGGUGCUCAAGUUUGAAUGGAGUCUGGAAGGCCCUCUGGUGAAACUCCUGCUGAAUCGCUCCCUUCAGAGCAUCCAAGUAGCCCAUCAACUUUACUGGCUGUUGAAGAAUGCACAGAAUGAAGUUCAUUUCAAAGUCUGGUAUCGGAAACUACUGGCUGCUCUCCAAUUCACUGCUGGGAAAGCCUUGAACAAUGAAUUUUCUAAGGAGGAGAAACUUAUCAGAAUUUUGGAAGACACUGCUGAAAAAGUAAAAGUUGCCAGUGACACAAAAAGAAAGGAGGUGUUAAAGAUGGAACUCAACAGACUUCAGCAAUUCUUCCAGGAGGUAAAAGUUUGCCGACUUCCCUUGAACCCUGCACUUGUUGUGCAAGGCAUAGAGGCAGAUUCAUGUUCAUAUUUUACAUCCAAUGCUUUUCCGUUAAAAAUCCGCUUCAUCAAUGCAAAUGCUCCAAGUGGAAAUAUCAAUAUUAUUUUUAAGAUAGGCGAUGAUCUACGUCAAGAUAUGUUAGUUCUGCAAAUUGUUCGAGUGAUGGACAACAUAUGGCUCCAAGAAGGUCUCGAUAUGCAAAUGAUAAUUUAUAGAUGUUUAUCUACAGGAAAAGGCCAAGGACUUGUACAGAUGGUGCCAGAUGCUACCACACUAGCCAAGAUCCACAGGGAAUCCGGACUGAUAGGACCAUUGAAAGAAAACACAAUUAGAAAAUGGUUCCGUCAUCACCAUCGUCUGGAAUCCAGUUACCAAGAGGCAAUAAGGAAUUUCUUUCAUUCCUGUGCUGGCUGGUGUGUUGUCACCUUCAUUUUAGGAGUUUGUGACCGACACAAUGACAAUAUAAUGUUGACGAAUUCUGGACACAUGUUUCACAUUGAUUUUGGAAGAUUUUUAGGUCACGCACAGACAUUUGGAAGUAUAAGAAGGGACCGAGCUCCCUUCAUCUUCACAUCAGAGAUGGAGUAUUUCAUCACAGAAGGUGGAAAAAGCCCACAGCGUUUUCAAGAGUUUGUGGAGCUUUGUUGUCGAGCAUAUAAUAUAGUCAGGAAACACAGCCAGUUACUCUUGAACCUGUUGGAGAUGAUGCUACAUGCAGGACUGCCUGAGCUGAACAGCAUUCAGGAUCUGAAAUAUGUGUAUGAUAACCUCCGUCCUCAGGACUCAGACCUUCAGGCUACAAGCUACUUUACCAGGAAAAUAAAGGAAAGUUUGGAGUGCUUUCCUGUCAAGCUCAAUAACUUGAUCCACACGCUUGCACACAUGUCACUGGCAGGCUCUGCAAAGUUUCCAUCUCAAGAGACUGUCCCUCAAGAAUGGAUGAUGCUGAAUGCAGAGAAGUCAAUUGCAAGAGCCACCAUUUUGGGGUUCAACAAAAAGUCUGACUACCUAUAUCUAGUCCAGGUGGUGCAAACCUGCAGUGUGGUCACUUUUGUGGAGAAAUCAUUUGACCAGUUCUCAGAACUUCACAGCAAUCUCCAGAAGCAGUUUCCAUCACAUGCACUCCCAGAAAGAGGGAAGCAGUUUGGUCUUGACACAGGUAUUUCUGAAAUAAAAGGGUUUCCCCACUCAUGGCAUAUACCUUUUACGGAUCUCGAACAUAAGAGAGUGAAGGAUUUGAAUCUCUACCUGAAACAGCUAUUAAGUGGAUCCAGAAAACUGGCAAAUAAUGAGCUUGUACUCAGCUUCUUCCUGAAUUGGUCCAAACAUACCUUGGCAGAAGCAGCAUCAUCUGUGACAUCAGGUCCUCAGUCAACUGAUGGUACACCUGGAGUACAGUUAGUCAUAUCGUACGAGGGCACUCAUCUGACAGUGAUGUUGAAACACAUGAGGAACAUUCGCCUCCCAGAUGGCUCUGCCCCAAGUGCACAUGCUGAAUUUUAUCUUCUGCCGGAUCCUGGUGAGGUCAAUCGAAGGAAAACAAGAACAGUUCCAAAAACCACCAACCCUACUUACAAUGAAAUUGUUGUGUACAACAAAGUUAUGCAACUUGAAGGCCAUAUACUGAAGCUUGUUGUGAAAAGCAAAGGAACAUUUGUGGGAGCUGUUAACAUUCAACUGAGUAGAGUCCAGUUAAAUGAAGAAAAAUGGUAUCCACUGGGAAACAGUGUAAUUUAAAUGUGGUCUAAGACAAUUCAAUUAUUUAUCCACUAAUGUUUCUUUAUUCUAUUUUCCAUGGUACAUUUUGUCUCAGUUACCCUUGAGAAUAUGCAGUCAUCUGCUGACCUCAACAUUUCUAAUCAUAAGGCUAUUGUCUUAAAAUUGCUACCAUCUUCUUGCAACAGAUUCCUGUUAGUGUGAGUUUAAGAAAUUGCAUUCUAGCGUGUAGGAGCAUGCAGGCAUUCUUAUGACAGCAAUCAAGACUUUUGUUCAUGUGAAAUAGUACUGUAAAAACCCUGAAUUUAGUACACAUCAAAGUGUGGAUUAGAGCCUAAUUCUUUGCCUACUAAUUCCACUGACGGUGUUUAAACAAUGCUGAUAAUGGUGUAAUUUAUCAUUGUCCACUAUGACUCACUGCAUAUGAUGAUUCAGCAGAGAGAUCCAUGGGAGGAUUCCCAGGGUGCCAAUACAUUACAGAUAUCUAGCAGAUCUCAUGUUAAAUCUUAUGCAAUCCGUACAUUUAAAAACAAGCAUACCAACUACCAAUCAAGAAUUUAACAACUCUGCACAGAUAACAUUUGGUGCAGUAUGUGUUGGUGUUUAUAUAAUGCAACUUUAAAUCUCGGAUACUCAUUUGUGAAUAAGCUAUUUCAACAUUUCUUUUAUUCUGACAUCCAAGAAGCAGAUACAACCAGUUGAUUGUGAGAAGAAAGGAGGAAUGUGGAGCUAAUCUUCACAAAUAAAUAAAACAUAUUGAAUAUGAA